AUGGCAUCCAAUCCUGUCGUACUCAUUCUCGGGGCCGGGCCCAGAGUUGGUGUUGCUAUAGCCGAGAAAUUUGCCAGUCUUGGAUACAGCGUCGCUGUUGUGUCUAGAAAAGGAACUGGGACAAAGAACGACAAAGGUUUCCUCUCCCUCAAGGCAGACUUCACCGAGCCGAACUCCAUCCCAGCACUAUUCGAAGAAGUGAAGAGCGAGUUCAAAAUCGCUCCCAGCGUCGUCGUCUACAAUGCAGCGGCGCUCACCAUGCCUCCGGCCAGAGACUCCGUGCUCUCAGUUUCCACGGAGAGCGUCACUGCGGAUCUGAACGUCAACACGGUAAGCGCCUACGUGGCAGCACAGCAAGCUGUCGAGGGAUGGAAGACGUUGCCGAAAGAAACCAAGAAGACUUUCAUAUACACCGGCAACAUCGCAAACGUCCUUAUCGUGCCCAUGCCGAUGAUGCUGGAUUUAGGCAUGGGAAAGUCUGCCUCGGCAUUUUGGAUUGGCCUUGCUGAUGCAACGUACUCGGAGAAUGGAUCCCGAUUUUUCUAUGCCGAUGAGCGCCAAGCAGAUGGCAGACCCAUAGGUAUGGAAUUAAAUGGAGAUGCGCAUGGCGAGUUCUAUGCUCAGCUGGCGAGCCAAGGGGAGAAUGUUCCAUGGCACGCCACCUUCGUCAACGGCAAGGGAUAUGUCCAGUUCAAAUGA